AUAAAGCAAACACACUCUCCACCCCCUUCUCUCUCAACGCUGUGCUCUCUUGAGCUCUUUUCUUCACCCCCUCUCUCUUUCUAAUCUCUCUCCGUUCCUCUUUCCCCCUUCUUCGCUCUUUUUCUUUUUUCCUUCUCCUAUACGGAUUGCAGAGGUUGUCUAGAGUGGAAGUCCGCUGCUUCUGUUCCUGCGGGGAAAGAGUACUACGGUGAUCUCGCAGCCAUAACGGGCAGCUGUUUGUCUCCCCUAUUGAGUUCGAAUAGCAAAUGCGAGCAGUGGAAUAGGAGCAAUGGACGGGAUGUGCUGGUCGACGGUCAAGAGAAGCGAGCAAGUCGACGUGAUUCCGAAGCCGUUUUUAAGGCAGGGGCAGCGGUCGAGAUGCAGCUCCGACGAACCAAACAGGCCGGCGGCUGGCCCGCGGACGGUUCGGAUCUUUUGCGACGACUACGACGCCACCGACUCCUCCGGUGACGAAGAAGAGGGCUGUUACUUCCGCCGCCGUGUGAAGCGCUACGUCCAGGUGAUCAGGUUGCAGGACCAUCCCACCAGAGGCGCCGCCGGUGCCGGUUCAACCGGCGACAAGGGGAAAAGCGUGAAGGCAGGCGGAAAGAAGCAGAAACCGGCCGCUGCGGCCGCUGCCGGCAGAACGGGCUCCCCGGCGGUCCCGAAGUUCCGUGGCGUCAGGCGGCGGCCGUGGGGGAAGUAUGCCGCGGAGAUCCGCGACCCGGGGCGUCGCAUCCGUCUGUGGCUCGGCACGUACGACACCGCCGAGGAGGCUGCCAAGGUCUACGACUCCGCCGCCAUCCAGCUCCGCGGCCCCGACGCCACCACCAAUUUCUCCACCCGCCCGGUUGCCGCCGCACCGGCCCAACCUUCUCCUCCGGCGAAGAACCUCUCUGAUGGCAAUCUCACCUCCAUCUCCGGCGGGUACGAUUCCGGCGAUGAGUCUCACAACCUCUCCUCCCCCACCUCUGUCCUUCGGGGGUUCUCUUCCACCGCAUCUGAGAAACCGGAGGUGGAGAAGCCACAGGACCGGCAGCCGACGCCGACUGAAGUGUCGGACGAGAAGGGCGGUGUGCUCACCGCCAGUAUCGGCUUACCGGACGAGUUUCGGGACUUUAUGCCAUUCGAGAAGGUGCCGCUCUACAACGACUUCCUCGACUUCAGCAUGUCGGAGCCGAGGAUUUUCGAGGAUUCCACGGAGAUCAGCUUCUUCGCCAACAACUUUAACGAUGUCAUGCUCGGCUCUGGUCUAAACCUGGGCUUAACAGCAUCGCUGGAAGACGAUUUCUUUCAAGACAUCGGCGAUUUAUUCCCGAUCGAUCCUCUCCCAGCCAUUUAGAAAGUUUUGAAAGUGGGACUGUGAGGGAGAUUAUAUCCGGCAAUUUGUUCGCCGGACGCCGAUUAAUCGGCCGAUUUUGUAAUGGCAGGGAGAGGACGCGAUUUUUUUUUAAUUUUUUUUGUUAAUUUCGUGUUCAUUUUUUUUAAGACCGAACGAAAAUGGAGGCCCGCCGGAUCGAUUUUCUUGAAUAAACAGCAGAUGGAAUGGACCGAAUCUCUUCCUUUCGAUCAC